AUGGAUAAAUCUUCGGACGAUUUACCAAUAUCAACUAGAAAUUUUUCAACUUCAAGUGCGGGCGCACACAGACUCGAGACUAAUGCUAAAUAUCCCGAUGAUUUGCUUCCGCCCCUGCAAAGAGGACCUGGAACGUCCACAUUCCCUUCAACUUCUACUAAAAAUCUGCAUAUACCUGGUUCAUACAUUUCCAGCAAUGAAUGCACUGCAGACGAUCCGGCACGUGGCGUCAAACGGAAAUAUGAUGAAUAUAAAAACGAGACACUUACAUACACACGACAAAAAGCAUGCCGUUGUACGCAUACUUCAAAACCUCGUGGAGUAAAACGUAAAUUUGCUUCUGAUCAUUCAGAGCAACCAAGAAAACGAUUCAAAGCGACACCAUUGGAAGUUAAAAUCGUGCAAUCUAAAACUGAAAAUAAGCCUUCAGUCUCCAGCAGCACUUCUAGCGAUGGACGCAAUAACGUUCCGAACAAUGACAGUUCUGUCAUUUGUUAUGACUCUGCAGAUUCUAGAGACAUUUCACAUUCGCAGCCUGUAGAGGGCGCUUCAAAAGAUAUAUCAGACGAGGAGUCACCUGACGCACAAAGCGAGCAAUCUGAUUACGAGAUUUCAUGUCCCAGAUCUUGUGUAUGUAACAUCGGUCACAGCAGGAUGCCCGAGCCGAUUGAACGCGAUCUCCCAACAGCAAUACCCUUAUACCGGUGCUUGCUUAUUCGCCGUUUAUACAGCCUGUCCAACAAGAAAUACACGUGCUGCAAGUCACGAUGUGUAAGAAGGUACCCACGAGAAAGCGACAUGCGCGUCAGUUUGCGUCAUAUGACCGAGGACUAUUAUGAUUCAGAUCUACGCAUCACCAGAUACUCGUGGGGUGAGUGGAAGGAGUGACUUUGGAAUGAUUUGUUUUAAGUCGACAUCUAAUAUUUUUGAUUAUUUUGGAUGGCUAAUUUAAAAAAAAGAUAGCAUAUAUUAUGAAUCAGAUGCUUAUCUACGCGUCACCAGAUACUCGUGGGGGUGGGGUGAGUGGAAAGAGUGACUGGAAUUAAUUUGAGUCGACAAUUGAUAUUUUUGAUUAUUUUGGAUGGCUUAUUUUAAAGAAAAGCAUAUCGACAAGUUGAAAAUUAAACGAAAAGAAAAUGACUAUUUCACCAGUAUGUUUAGCUCACCUGCUCAAUGUGAGCUAAUGUGACCGGUCUUCGUCGUGCGUCGUGAGUCGUGCGGCGUUCGUCGUGCGUCAACAAUUACCUUGUUAACAUUCUAGAGGUCAUAGUUGUGAUCCAAUCUUUAUGAAACUUAGUCAGAAUGUUUAUAUGUAAAUUUUGAAGCUGGGUUAUGUUGGGUAGAAACUAGGUCAGUAGGUUACUAAUCUAAUAGAUAAAGGGAAUUUUAGCACUCUAGAAUCCAAAGUUUAUGUUUGAAUCUCCUGUGAUUUGGUCAGAAUGUUUUUCUUUAUAACCUCUAGGUCAAGUAUGAAUCUGGAUCAUGUGGGGUCAAAAACUAGGUUACCCGGUAAAAUCAAAAGAAAAGCUUGUUAACCUUCAUGAAAGUAGCUCAGAAUGUCUAUCUUGAUGAUCCCUAUGACAAGUUCGAAUCUGGGUCAUGUGGGGUCAAAAACUAGAUCACGUGCUCAAAUCUUAUGAAAAGCUUGUUUACACACUAAAGGCCAGAUUUAUGAUCAAAUCUUCAUGAGACUUGAUCAGAAUGUUCAUCUUGAUAAACUCUUCACCAUGUUCGAAUCUGGGUCAUGUAGGGUCAAAAACUAGGUCACUCGUUCAAAUCAAAGGAAAAGCCUGUUCACACUCCAGAGGUUGUAGACCCAAUUACUCGGGUGAGCGAUGGCCCUUUUGUUCCUUAUACUUUGUGAUAUAUGACAACUUUUGAGAGUGCUAUUCGCAUAGUGAGAAGCGUCGUAUUAAAAUGUAUAAAGAUAAUUAUGUCAAUUUCAAAUAUAAAACGUGUAAAUUAUCACUUUGUUAAAGAAAAGGGAAUAUCUUA